CUUUGCUGUCGUCCUCGACCCCUUUACUUGACACGCCAUUGCACUGAUUGUCUGUUCACCCAAGAUGCUUGAGUUUUACUUUCUCUUGGUUCCUGUCUUUGGAGCUAGUGGCGCUCUGCUCUACGCUACGCCCGGACAGAGUGUGACCGUACCCUGUUUCUAUGCCUCUGGGGCCAAACAUAUCUGCUGGUACAAGCAGGUUGCAGGGGAGCAACCUCAGAUAAUAUCCUCGUUCUACAAACAUUCACCGGACAGCAACAGCUUCCACAACCAGUUUAAGGACAACAAGCGUUUUUCAGUUUACGCGGGAGCGGGGUUCUACCAUCUGAACAUUUCUAACGUCCAGGACUCAGAUUCAGCUAUGUACUACUGCGGCCAUGCCACUAUAAUGAUGACUGAGUUUGAUGAUGGCACUCUACUGGUUCUGAAAGGUAUUUUGUCUUUUAGUUUUGUACACAUAAAACUCUUUUUUCCCCAUUUGAUUUUCCAUUUGUCUGUACUCAUGUAUUUCUCAGAUUUCAGCCGCAGGUCUUUCCUCCUGCAGCCGGCGUUCUACUCCGUGAAGCCCGGGGCCUCUGUGACUCUGGACUGCACCGUGCACGCUGGAACUAGUGACGCAGAACUCAGCGUGUACUGGUUCAAAAAGGAGAAUUCAACAAACUCCCUCUCAGCUGUAAUGCACAGCAGUCGGUGCGUACACAGCCCGGAGCCUCCCGCACAGAGCUGCGUGCACAGCUUUUCCAAGACAAGCGUGAGCCAGUCGGAUGCUGGCACAUACUACUGCGCCGUGGCUUUAUGCGGGGAGAUAUUGUUCGGCAACGGAACAAGACUCGAGGUCGGAGGUGGGCAACGUUCAGAAGAAAAAAAAAAACGUCUUCUUUUUGCUUGUCUACAUUGCUUUUUGUUUUUCUCAGGGAAAAAGGAGGAGAUUUCUUCUUUUGUGAUGCAUUGCUCGGUUGCAGCUCUGUUUGCCUCUGUUGUCUUGAACGGCAUCCUAAUUGGCAUCCUCUGUAAAGUGUCAAGGAGGAAAUAUCUGCAUUCACAAGAGACGGUCUCCCACUUGAGCGUCCCAGCAGACACCCCCAACAGUCAGAAUGAGGACUCUGAUGCUUUGCAGUACGCAACACUGGACUUCGAGAAGAGGCCCGGCCAGAGCAGGAGAGAGAGGAGGAGACAGGAGGUUACAGCGUCAGACCCCGAGUGACCCCUUUCCUACACCACGUGUUCACGGCCAAUCAAACCAACGGUGGCAGCGAGCGGUUGAGUAGGACGAGUCUUCACAGAAUUCGGGUGGGAUUAUAUGCAUGAGAUGUUGCAUUGACGACAACUCGGAAAAUAAGAGUCAAACCCCGUCCUGUAUUGAUUCAAAACGAUUCCGUAUAUUAGGGGACGGGUGGCCACCCUAAUAGCAAUAUACAACCUUAUUUCUACAUCUUCGACUCUAAAUCAAUAAUGUUUGCUUUGCGAUGACCUCCAACUGCUAAGCAGCAUUCAGCAUUCACCAGUGUGAAAAUACUGUAUCUAUUCAUUAAAUGCAUGCAUUCAUUCCCACUACUAAAACGUCCUCUGUCCUCAUUUACCCUGCAGGUGUUUACUGUCAAUGUAUGUUUUUGAUCAUUGUGUGUAUGGAAAAGGUGGGCUGUCUUAAGCUGACCCUCUCGGAGCUUGGUAAAUUGUAUUUCUACUAUUCGGUAUUGAACUUGAAUAAAACCAGUGAACUCACAAGAGAUAAAUGGGUGAAAGAAAGAGAUUCGUAGUGUGGGCUGACUUGAACAAACGAAAACACUAGAUUCUAUAUGACUCGUAAUGAUUAUUAUCAUUAAUUAUAGUUUUGUAUGUUUUGUAUUAUUUCUUCGUUUAGAGGACAUUAUAGUUUGACAGGGCAUUAUCCAAGUGGAUUAUCCUAGUGGCUCUCUUGAUAAUGACUAAACUGAGUGCUCCAUGUAAUUGAGCAUCAGGCCUUGCUUCUACGCAGUCAGUUGGUUGUAGAUAAGCUGUCAGUCAGUAGAGAGCAGCAGUCAACCUACACUCACAUUAGUGCUGCAUCAGGUUGCUUAUUCUGUCUUACCUAAACUCAUUACACGACAAUGACACGUCGCCGGGACCACAAGGUGAGAAUGGAAAGAUACAUUAUUUAGAGUAAACCCACCCGAGAGACAGUGUAUGAGAAAAUCUCAAGACACUUUAUGUCCUGUUAGUUCCACCCACACAGAGAUGUGUUCGAAGGUGUUGUUGUGGUCGACUCAAUGAAGGUUAAUAUCUCACCUCCGACCCGUUUGUUUUUUUAAAGAACCUGAGCAUCUUCAGCACGACGACAACAUACAAUCUCAUUUAAAAAUAAUCAAAAAUUUUACUAUUUAUGGUUUGACAUUUUAUUGUAAACAUUAACCUUCAUUUUAAAAUGAUAUAAUUCCAUAACAGUCAAUAGGUAGGUCAGAUUUUAAUCAUCCUAACUACAUAUUAUCAUUUCAAGUCAAGAUCAAGUCUCUCUUUGUAUCCAAUCAAGUUGAUACUACAAAAUAAAGCGUUUGUGUUUGGUCCAACAGUAUCUUUAUUACUCUAUCUUCACAAACUCUCAUAAAGCCAGUGAGGUUUUUACAGGUCCUGCAGUCAAGUAUUAAAAAAACGUUGAGAAAAAAAGAAAGAAAACUAAACCAGCGGUCAUGCUGGCUAACAUUAAGUUCCACUCCAGCGGUUUUGUCACCUUCCCCUCCACCCUUACGUCCCCUUCUUAAAGGAUGUCUCUGUGGUCUUUCUUGUGAUGCUGCUUGUUUGUCCCAGUCGCUUAACAAUAACGCCUCCGCUUUUUCAAUUCUCCAUCUCGUGCGUAGAGAAAUGAAACUGUGAUAACAGGUGAAUUCACAGGCGAGAAGCCAAGCCACAAAUAGAAUAUAUAAAAUAACACUUUAAAUACACAAACAAAAAUGAUUAAGGCAUCGAUACAGAACUAAGCUGCAAGGGAAGAGGAGGAAGUCAUUGCAAUCUUUACCUUCUCCUUUCUGUGAGUUGCCUUAAUGUUUCUGUAAAUCUUUGGGUAAGAGUAGAAAGACAUGUUGAUGUUGUAAAUAGUAAAAUGCCACUAAAAGAGAUUAGUGCAGAGUACUUUCCAUCAGUCUCUAACUGACCUGUUUUACUUCGAAAUGCCAAAAACUCAGUGGAAAACAAAACGUGUGUCUGCUGCCCAAGGCGGUGCUCUGACCUAUUUUCAACACCUAUGAGAAACAAAUAGAUCUUGCAUGAAAUGUACAGUAUCCUGUUAACACAGCGCAACAGGGUCUACAGGGUGCAAAACCCAGUCAAGAUGCUCUUUUGUUUGUGAAGAGAGUAAUGUAGUAAUCACUCCAUCUAACUCCUAAAUGGACAGCUUGAAAAAUCUUACUUUAUUAAAAGUGGACCGUACACUCUGUGGUACUAGAGUUUGAAGUGUGAGUGUUUCGAAUGUGGGAUAGUCUAGCAAUAACAAAGUUGGCGAAGUCUGUAAAUUCUUUAUGAGAGUAUUUUUACCUCCAAAUGUUCUAGAUUGACUCAUUCAAUCCUACUGUCAUUUGACAAAUGAGACAGAGCAGGUUUAAAAAGACACGCAACAUUUAAGAUAAAAGACCCUGACAAGUGGCCAAAUGCUCGAAAUACAAGGUGCAGGGCUGCUUCCUCUUCUGCUUUUUUGACACAAGUCACAUGUCACACUCACAUUCUUAAGAAAAGAAGGAUCUUUGGGCGUUCUUAUACAGUCACUUUGCAUUACAGGAAGUCGCUUUGGAUUAAAGAUAAAUAGUGUUUUGGUCAGUAGUGACUCAUCGCUACUGUUUCAACAACCGUAAAGUGUUGUUAUUGCAUGUACAGACCACAAGCAUCACCACUUGUUCCAGUCAGAUGCAGUGGUUGGCCUCUGCUUGGUAAAGUCCACUGCUCGAGUACCUUUGUUUUCACUGUGAUGGAAUAUAUUUUAUGCCUUUUCUGAGAAUUUCAAUUGCAUCAUACUGCAACGACUGCAACAUAUUGACACGAGAUACAAGCAGCUGCAACACAUUCUAUUCAUCACAUCAACCUCAAUGG